GAUCUACUGAAGGCGGUGUCGAUGCAGUGUUGCCAGCGCAACCCAGUGAACAAUCAACGAACCAACCAUACAAUCAACGCGUAUUUUGUAAAACGCGUUUUGUCUAGUCCCUAGAAUCAGUUUUGGUGUAGUUUUUUUAAGUUUCGUGUAAUGUUUUCCGUGUUUUUGAAAUAUUUCUAUCGAACAACGAACAGCGAAACCGAAGCAGUGCUGACGACGGAGAAUGACAACGAUUUUAACUCACAUUCACCAGUUUUUCGAGCUUUAUGUUUUGCCGCCUGAUUUCAAACCCGCUAUUUUUCGCCUUGCCUAGGAUAUCCAAAUAUUACUACUGUGCAGCAGCGGAUCCGAACGCGUGGCGCCUUGGUCGGAUCGACGAAACCGACCACGAGACGGCCGUCUAAUAUUAGCCCUGGCGGUGUUCCCCCUACCAGCAGCAGCAGCAACGGCAGCACUUCGACUACCAAGUGGAUCCACUGCAGAGCAUCAUUCCGUUGGACGUGGAUUGGGCCGGAUUGAGCGAUCAUGCUGAGAAGCGCUAGAGUAGCAGCCCAAGGGGGAACACCGGAAACCAGGAUUUCGUCGCCAGCCGAAUAGAGCGAUGGAUGGGAGUCUGAAAAAUAUAGGAAAGAAGUAGUUUUUCAAUGUUUCGUGAUCAAAUUUUUGGUUAGAUAUAAACCUAGAAGUUGUUAGAAUGGAAGGUUCGAUGUUGAAUAAAAAUCAAAUGUCAAAAUGUCAGCUUUGAUUCAGCGUUUAGUGUUACCAUUAAAAAUUGCGAAAGAUCUACUGAAAAGACGUUUUACUUUUAUACUAGAGCCUUUUAAGAACGGAGAACAGAGAACAGCCAUUCAAGUUUGAAACAAUGUUCUUCAAUGAUAUUUUAGAACUACGCACCUCAACGUGGUGGAGCUAAAACUUCAACAGUUAGUGGUGAAUAGAAGUAUUUUAAAAAGUUUCAUAUUCACCACUAACGUUUUUCACACCUAAUAAUUCAAUGAACUCGUAAUAACGAAUAACAUUUGAAAUCUGACUUGGAUGACUGUUCUCUAUCCAACUAGUAAUCCCAACAAGUUUCAAUCCAACCAGAAUGGGCCUUCUCUAUAUCAUUUGUUCGCAAUCAGAGAAUUGUUAAGUGAAUGUGAGUAAAAGUCGCUAGAUGACUUGUAAAUAGCUAAACCAGAAAACAUAAAAGAAAGUCAAAUAAUCAAGUAGGGCAACAAAUUGAAACCAAAAAAAGUAAACCAUUUAGAACUACUAUACCAGUUGUUGAAAUCGGAACAUAAUUCAUAGCGAGAAAUAUUUCAACUCUUGAUGUUCGUGGUUUGACAGUUGUGCAGACCAACUGACAACAAAAAUAGCAUUUUAGGUUAGAAUUUAUGACAGGCUUGGAGCGGAUAAGAAAAAAAAAUAAGAGAGAAAAGGGAUGAGUUUUAUUUUUCCGAAGAAUGGUAUCGAUAUUAAAAACCAGUGUUAAAUGUGAACCCCCAAUUUUAGUCGUUAGAAUAAAGAAAUAAAAAAACAAAAUCAACUCUAGUAGCGUACGUACUAACAGACAAACAAAACGUGCAGUGAACUAAAGAUUAGAGAGAAAGUUAGACUAUAAUGAGGAGUAAUAACAGAGAAAAAACAGAUUAACUCGUUGAACAACUUUAGAUAGGUGACAUUAAAGAAGAUCUUUGAAUCAACGGAUAAUUAAUACAAAAAAAAACUAAAAACAAACAAGAAUAAUACUUAGAACGUUGAUAAAAAGUAAGUUAACUUCCACCAGUUGAAUAACGAAGCAAACUUGAAAAAAAAAAUAAACUAAUCGGAAUAAUCAUUAUAAGAAAAAGUUUCACGUGACGUCAAAAAUGGUCUCGAAUGUGACAGAGCGAGUGAGAAAGAACGGAACUUUUGAGUGUUUGUUUUGAACGUGAGUAAGUUCAAGUGAGAUAAAUCUGAACUUUUGACUCGAAUUCGGAAAAAUAGAAAAUGUGACAAGAGGAUGGGGGUGGGGAGGGACCUAAAAAGGCUAUUCAAAGCGAUGAAACCAAUAAUGUGGGUAGCUGUAGGCUUAGAAGGACAGAAUUGAAACCAAGUGAAAAAGAGAUCGAAAUAAAAGAGAGAGUUAUUUUAAUGAAUUUCAGGAGAUUGGGUUUCGGCGUUUGAGUUGCUAUUUGUUUACUUUGCUAGAGAAACAUCCCCUGAUUUAGAUCUCUCUCUGGAGUAAUUUCAGGGAAAUAUCUGGAAAGGUUCCGAUAGAAUCUCCGGAGAGAUUACUGUAGAUAUAGAAUCUCUGGAGAGAUUUUAGUACAAUCUCGAGGCAGAUUCAAGUAGAAUCUCUGGAGAAUUUGCCGUAUAAUUCUCUGGAGAGAUGCCAGGAGAAUCCUUGGACAGAUUUCAGCAGCCUGUCAAGAGAGAUUCCAGCUGAACCUCUGGAUAUUCAGCCAAAUCUCUGCCGAGGUUAUAGUAGAAUCUCAAAAAAGAUAUUCCAGCGCCAUAUCUGUAGAAAUACCAGUGGAAUCUUUAUAAAUCGACACUGAUUCUUCAUUAGGGCCUAACUGACAUUUCCGAUUUCUCUUCAUAGAUCCUCUCUUUGUGUUAUUACGGAAAGUGUAUUGAGUUUUCCAAAGAUUUUUUGGUUGAAAUGCGAAGACGACGACUACAUCUUGCUCUAGAAACAAAAAGAAUAAUGAUUUUGUUUGUUUUGAUCAAGUUAUUAGCGAAAGAGAGAGUCGACGAAGAGAAAUCGAUCAAGUCAGUUAGGCCCUUAAGAAAAAUCAUUACAGCAGCAUUUCUGGAUAUAUUCCAACGGAAGCACUGGAGAGAUCCUAGCAGAAUCUUUGGAGAAAUCCGAACAGAAUCUCUGGAGAUUUCAGAGGAAUCACUGGAGACAAUUUAGUAGAUUUUCUAGAGAGAUUCCAGCAGAAUCUCCAAAAAAUGAAAUCGCUGGAACAAUUCCAGCGGAACUCCUGGAAAGAAACCAGUGAAAUCUCUGGAGAGGUUCUUGCAAAACAUUUGAAGAGAUUAAAGCAAAAUCUCUGGAGAGACUCCAGCAAAAUCCCUGGAGAGAUUCCAGGGAAAUCUUUGAAGAGAUUCCAGUGGAAUGUCUGGAGAUUCCAGUUGAAUGUUUGGAGAGAUUUCAGCGAAAUAACUAAAGUUUCCAGCAAAAUCACAGGAGAGAUUAUUGUAAAACAUUUGGAAAGAUUGUAGCAAAAUCUUCGGAGGGAUUCCAGUAAUAUCUGUGGAGAGAUUUCAGUGGAAUAUCUGGAGAUUCCAGCGGAAUGUUUGAAGAGAUUCCAGCGGAAUGUCUGGAGAGAUUCUAGCGAAAUCACUUAAGUUUCCAACGAUAUCUCUGGAGAGACUCCAGAGAAUCCCUGGAUAGAAUCCAGUGGAACAUCUGGAGAGUGCUUCUGGAGAGAUUUGUGCGGAAUGUCUCGUACGAUUCCAGCGAAAUCUCUAGAGAUUCCAGUGCAGCCUAGCAACUUAUCCUUUAAUUGGUGCUCCCGUUCGCUUCGCCUUGACGACUCGCCCUGAGUAUCGCGUCUCUCUGUUUGCGAAGGGUCCAGUCCAGGUGAAUCGCCGUCUACCGAUUCGUCGGAGUCGUUGUUCGUUUCGUCGUCGCUAGAGUGCUCGAAGACCACCGGUUUCUCCGAUGGUUCUACAUCCGCUAAAGGCCCUUACACAGGUUCAUCUUUCCCUUCUUGUUCGCACGAUGGUGUGCCUGGCACCCCCUAGAACAAAUUUGGCACAUCCUAGAAUCUUUUCUUGACAGACACAUAAAAUUUAAAACUUAACACAAAAAUUGUAAUAUUUUUUAAUGGCACAUUUAAACAAAACUGAAGCACACUCAGAAUUACUUAAAUACUCGUUGUACGUUUUGGCGUUUAGGAUAUUCAGGCCAAACAUUUCUAUAGGUCCUAAGUGCAUAUGAGAGGCUCUCUUUAAGUCACCUCUCUUUCGAUUAUAACGUGCUUGUAUUUAUAAAAUUUGAUUUACUUCUUGCAUCGGAAGGUAGAUUAAUCAAUCCUUUGCCGAUCUUUACAUCACAAAUAGUCAAAAUUUUCACAGUGACAUCGUAAUAAUUUAAAGAGAGCCGGAACAAAGAAAGCUUCUAUUUUGCAGAUUGGGCCUUUAGAUAUGUUUGUCGCCUAUUGGUCAGAAUCAACAGACUCUCUAUGGAUUUCUCCAGAAAUACCUCUAUCUAUUUAUACAGUGAUUUCUCUAGGUUUUCUUAUGGAUUCCUACCGGUUUUUUCCUUCAAUGAAUUUCCCUUCGGAUUCUCCAGCUCCAGUCCUGAUGGGGUUGUACAGAGGGUUCAAAAUUUCAUUCAAUUCGGUUCACUGGUUUCCGAGAUAUAACAGCUCAAAAAUUAGUUGGCUUGAAAAUAGUGUUUUACCGGAAUGGUUUUAACUUUGCGAAAGAUUGAUCAAUUGAGCCGAAAUUUGUAUCAAUGAUGCACAUAUAUAGGUUGACAAACAGUCAAAAUUUGAGAUUUUUCGAUGCACUCUAUGAAAAAUUAUAGCAUGUUGAACUUUAUUGUGAGAGAAAAAAAAAGUUGCCUAUCCCAAACAUUUUGGCCACCCCCUGUAUAUACUAGAAAAUUCUGCAGAGAUUGGUCCAGCAUUUUCUCCUAGGAUUUCUUAGGAAAUUCUCGGAAUUCUUCUAAAAAAUUCUAUUGGGAUUCCUUCAGGAAUUUCUAGCGGGAUUAUUCAAGACAAUCUUCCUGGGAUCCUUUCAGAAGUUUCUCCGGUGAUUCUUUCAGGAAUUCCUCCAGAGAUUUAAUUCAGAUAUUCUUCCAGAAAUUUCUCAUGGAAUGGAGCACGUUCGGUGUAGUACUAGAUUUGUAGUAAUGAGCUGAAUUUUAGUAUGGUGAGAAGGUCAAUUCUCCGUUUCUGCAAUGAAAUGGUGCAAAAAGCGUGGGUAUUAUGAUUCCUUGUCUAAUUUGAUGCUGUUUGAGCAAAACUUCGGGCAACAGUGUUGUUGUUUUCUCCAUUUCUUGCAACAUAAACAACAUAGUUAUCCGAAGUUUUGGCUCAAACAGCAUCAAAUUAGGCUAGGAAUCAUAAUAACCACGCUUUUUGCACCAUUGUAUUACAGAAACGGAGAAUUGACCUUCUCACCAUACUAAAAUUCAGCUCAUUACUACAAAUCUAGUACUUCACCGAUCUGUCCUUUUCUUCCAGGAGCCUAUAGUGACCUUCCUCCGGGAAUUGUGGCUAGGAUUCCUCAAGCAACCCCUGCUGCGAUUCCUGCAGCAAUUUCUCUUAGAACUCCUCCAAAAAUUCUCAAUAAGGUACCUUCAGGUAUUCUACUAGGGAAGUUCCAGAAAUUUUUCCGGAAAAUCUCCCUUAGAUUUUUCUAAAAAUCCCUUCGGUGAUUCUUCCAGAGAUUUCUUCAAGAAUUUAUCCAGGACUUCCUCCAGAGUUUCUUCCAGAAACUUUACAGAAGAUUUCUCCAAGAACUUCUAUUGCCCUUCUGUUAUGUGGGUUUUACGAUCAGUGUAGGAAAUAGCAUCCCUAGUGGAAAGUAGAAGGAGGAAGGUGGGGGGAUUUUCGCCAGGUUAUAAAUGUGAGAAUAAAGCGUGUAUUCGGUUACGGGAUUAAAUUCGGAGUUUUAUUAAGAACUAUAGUACAACAAUUGGCGAUCGAGUAUGGGAUAUUGCGAUGUGUGUCGUGCGGAUUUAUUUCGAGUGAAAUUGUGAUUGCAGCUCUGUGAUAACGUGUAAUAAAAAGGCAAAUUCAGUUGAGUGAAAAACAAAAGAGAACAUUGGCGUGGUUGAAAAAAGCGACAGUGUCGGUUCAAGUAUGAGUGCACUUGGAGCUGUGGGUGUGUUGCCCUUUGAUCCCGAUGAUACCACAAAUGUGAGCACGAGAUGGAAGAAGUGGAAACGUUCGUUUGAAAUUUUCCUGGAUGUAAACAACGUUUCGCUUGCAUCACGGAAGAAGUCGUAUCUUCUACAUUAUGCCGGCGAAAGUGUGCGUGACAUUUAUGACAGCUUGGUUGAUGAAGAAGCUCAAGCAGCAGCUGGAUCGGAUGUGUAUAAAGAUGCAAUACAAGUUCUUGACAACCACUUCAUACCGAUGAAAUGUUUACCUCGGGAGCGACACGUAUUUCGUAAUUUGCAACAAAGCCCUGAUGAGAAGAUAUCCAAAUUUGUGUUACGUCUAAGAGAACAGGGGAGUUUGUGCGAGUACGGUGAUUGGUUAGAAGAGAAUAUAAAAGAACAGAUUUUUGAGCGAGGUUCGUCGGAUGAAUUGCGUGCGAAGAUAUUGACAAAACCGGACAUGACAUUGGCAGAAAUAGUUAAUGAAGGUCGGUCACUGGAAACGAUUGAAAAAGUGCGUCAACAAUUGCAAAAUUCAGUUGAAGUCAACAAGAUCACAACUUCGAAGAAUACUUGCUACCGUUGUGGACAUACAGGACACUACGCGAAUGAUGAUUGUUGUCCUGCGAAAGAUAAGAAGUGUGAUAAAUGUGGCCUUAUUGGCCAUUUCAAACGGUGUUGUAAAACGAAACAUCGUGAGAAGAAAAUGAGUAACCAACCAGUUCGUCAAAUUGACAAGGAGUCUGUGGCUGGCUCCGAAACGUUUUAUGAUUCUGAUGAUGCCGUCAGUGAAGUGGUGGGCGGAGACGAUAGUGUUAAAUAUGUGUUUGGCCACUGACACCGAAAAUACAAACAAAGCAAAGCAAAAAGCAAAGAUAACCGUACACAUCGUAGUUGCUACUCCGUGAUUGACCAGAACAAUCGAAGUUGCACAGAGAGCCAAUGAAUGUGAAAGCUUGGGACUAGCUAACCAUUCUCAAUGUGCACAAUUCGAGAGUUCAGCUAUUUAAAGUCAAUAACGGCGCUGGCCACGUCCUUACGGUCAUCAGGAAAGGGAAGGAAUGUUAGUUCGACAACCGUUGCUACUAGAAACCGUGGAAUCCACAGCAUCCCCACAGUUGUCACGGGAAGGAAUGGUGGUUAGUAGGGUAGGGUAAGGUGUGGAUCUAGGAGCCACCUCUGUUAGGUGAUAUGAUCCACUAGUUAUAUGGAAAUACACGUCGCGGUCUUCAUCACGAUUAUGAUUUAUUUGAUCACGAUGACCACUGAUCCCGGAUUUCGUGCUCGCGUUUCCAUCGCCCUACCGUGGAAACCGACUGAUCUACGAUUAUUGUAGCGCGAUUCUGAUCCCGGAUUUUUCACUCGCACCUCCAUCACUCUUACCUGAAAAUUGUCAGCCAUUCGAAAAUUCUCAAGCUAAUCUGAUUCCGCAUUCCACACUAUCGCUUGCAUGGCUCUACCGAGAAAACCGACUGACCAACGAAUAUUGUAGCGCGAUUCUGAACCCGGAUUUUUCACUAGCACUUCCAUCGCCCUACCGAGAAAACCGACUGACCAACGAAUAUUGUAGCGCGAUUCUCAUUUGGCCACUGACACCGAAAAUACAAACGGCGAAAAAGUAGUGUGUAGUGUGGGGGGAGUUAAAAUCAAAUGGAUUGUUGACUCUGGAGCAGGAGUUAAUGUUAUUAACAGUGACACAUGGGAAUUCCUGAAGAAGAAUCAAGUUCAAGUGCUGUCCCAAGCCAAGGGGACGAAGAGAGUGUUGAAGGCGUAUGGGAACAAUGACCUCGAUGUGUUGGGGGAGUUUACAGCCAAAAUCGCCACUAAGGAUCGGGAAAUUGUGGCAGAAGUGAUUGUAGUGAAAAGCAGAGGUGCAAGUUUGCUAAGCUGUGACACGGCGACUCAGCUACAGAUUCUAAAAAUCAACACUAACGUCUGGGGAGUAAGCUGCAGUGCUGACAACAUUGGGAAGAUCAACGGAAUGGAAGUGUCUCUUCAAAUCAACGAGGAAGUGAAACCAGUUCAGCAUACAAAGUGCCACAUUCCGAUUCCACUCCAGGAGAAGGUGCAGAAGGAAAUCGACAACAUGUUGGACCAGGACAUAAUCGAACCGGCUCCGAGAGAUUCUCCUUGGAUUUCUCGACUAGUUGUUUCACCAAAAGCUGGCGACCCUUCUGCUGUGCGUCUUUGUGUUGACAUGCGAGCAGCCAACCGAGCAAUUGUCCCACAACAUUAUCCAUUACCGACGUUUGAGGACAUUCUACCACAUCUUCAGAACUGCAAAUGGUUUUCCAAAAUAGAUCUCGUGAAAGCCUUUCACCAAGUGGUACUAGCGGAGAAUACACGGUUCAUCACUACGUUUGCAACUCAUCAAGGAUAUUAUCGCUAUAAACGAUUAGCGUUCGGAAUGAACUGUGCCUCAGAGGUAUUUCAGAGUAUUAUCGAACGUGUUCUGAAAGGAAUCUCUGGAGUAAAGGUGUUUAUCGACGACAUUCUUGUGUUCGCACCAAAUAAACGGAUCCACGAUGAAGUUCUCAGAUUAGUGUUGCGUCGCUUACAGGAAUAUGGUAUCACGAUCAACCCUCGUAAAUGCGUAUACGGGAAGUCAGAAGUUACAUUCAUGGGCCACAUUCUGUCGGAGAACGGAAUAAAACCAACCAUGGAUAAGGUGGAAGCCAUCAAACUGCUGUGUGAACCAAGGAAUGUUCAGGAGAUGCGGAAUUUUCUCGGCAUGAUCACAUACCUGAGCCGCUUCAUUCCUAACUUGUCAACGUUAGUGGUGUUGACUACACCACUUCGGGGGUUGUUGCGGAAGGACACUAAAUUUCGAUGGGAACUGACGCAUCAGGCAGCAUUUCUGGAAAUCAAAAGUAUUUUGGCGGAUCCGAAGUCUUUAGGAUACUACUCUCCAAAAGACAAAACGAUUUUGAUCGCGGAUGCGAGUCCGACAGGGCUCGGUGCCGUGUUACUGCAGGAGAAAGAUGGCAUCAAGAGAGUAAUCUGUUACAUUAGCAAGAGUUUGUCGGAAACGGAUAAGUCUUAUGCGCAAAACGAAAAGGAGGCCUUGGCUCUGGUAUGGGCAACGGAGCGUCUACAAGUUUACCUUCGUGGUCUGGAGUUUUUAUUAUUGACGGACCACGAGCCCCUCAAGGUAAUAUUCGGGCCUGAGCAUCAUUCUUGCCCGAGGAUUGAAAGGUGGGCCAUGCGUUUGCAGUCGUUCCGCUUCAAAAUAGUUCAUAUUCCUGGUAAAAUCAACAUUGCUGACCCGUUGUCCCGGUUGCCACAGUUUCAGCAUUGUUCUACCUAUGAUCAAAUUGGAGAGCAAUCGGUGCUGGUGAUUGCUGAACGUGCGAAGCCUGUUGCGUUGAGAUUGGAGGAAAUCGUCAAGGAAUCGUUAGCUGAUACAACAUUGUGUGCCGUCAAAGAAGCCCUUCGUACCGGCCGAUGGAGUGAAUCUGUGAAGAAAUAUGCUGCGUUCAAAGAUGAGCUGUAUUGCUGCAAUGAAGUGCUACUGCGAGGAGAGCGUCUUGUGAUUCCGGUCCGUCUGCAGAAGCGUGUUUUGAUGUUGGCACAUAUAGGGCAUCCUGGCAUUGAACGGUCUAAGCAGCGUCUUCGUUCUAAAGUGUGGUGGCCAUCAAUGGACGGCGACGUAGAAAAGGCUGUACGUAGUUGUCUAGAAUGUCAAAUUGUCGGGAAAGCAGCGCCUCCGGAACCUAUGGCGAUCAGAGAGUUACCUCAAAAACCAUGGGAGCAUUUGAAUAUGGAUAUGCUUGGUCCCCUUCCAUCAGGAGAUUCGCUUUUGGUAAUAGUCGACGCAUAUAGUCGAUUUCGAAUUGUGGAGAUAUUGAGGCACACAACCUCCUCGGAUAUCAUUGACAAACUACACCCUCUUUUUAUGCGGCUUGGAAUCCCGACUAUUUUGACGACCGAUAACGCACGAAACUUUACGAGCAAGGAAAUGGAAGACUUCUGCGACAAAUUCGGCGUGCGAAUGCGACAAACGACUCCUUAUUGGCCGCAGGCCAACGGCGAGGUCGAGCGCCAAAAUCGUUCGAUUUUGAAGAUUUUGCAGAUUGCUGAGCUGAACAAAUCCGACUGGAGAAAAGAUUUGGAGGAGUUCAAUUAUGUCUAUGCUUUGACACCACAUCCUGCUACGGGAUAUUCUCCGGCAGAAAUACUUUUCGGUCGGAAGUUCAGAGACUGGAUUCCCCACAUGUCUCAAAUAGUGAGUGCGACUGAUGAAGCUGUUCGAGAUAGAGAUGCAAUCUACAAACACGCUGCGAAAACUCAUGCUGAUGCUGCAAGAGGAGCAAAAACAUCGUAUCUGCAGACUGGAGAUCGGGUACUGAUGAAAAAUCUUCAUCCUGCGAACAAGUUGUCGGCACCAUUCCUACCAGAUCCAGCAAUAGUGCUACAAAAGCAAGGCAAUUCAGUGAUGGUUGAGACCCCCGCCGGUCGAACGUAUCGUCGUAACUCAAGCCAUCUGAAGAAAGUGCACGAAAAAGAAGACACCAAUUCGGAUAAUGAAGCUGAAUGGACCACUCCUUCUGAAGAACAUCGCCAAGGAUCUCCAAUAGAUGCGACCGAUCGUCGUAACCAGCUGUCGAGCCAGUCGAAAUCACCAGUGCCGUUGACGGAGAGUCCAGUGCUACGAUCAAAACGGACUAUCCGGAAACCGUUGCGUUUUGAAGACUACGUGUUGGAUGUUAACAGUAAUGGACAGUAAGAAGUGAACUCGUAAAAAGGGGAAUAUGUUAUGUGGGUUUUACGAUCAGUGUAGGAAAUAGAUGAGCAUCCCUAGUGGAAAGUAGAAGGAGGAAGGUGGGGGGAUUUUCGCCAGGUUAGAAAUGUGAGAAUAAAGCGUGUAUUCGGUUACGGGAUUAAAUUCGGAGUUUUAUUAAGAACUAUAGUACAACACCUUCCUCCAUGAAUUCCAGCUGAAAUUCUUCAAGCAAUCCCCAUUAGAACUCCUUCAGAAAUACUUCUAGGGAAUUCUCCUGGCAUACUUACUUGCUGCAAUACUUUCGGGAAAUCCUGCUGAGAUUUCCAGGCAUCCUUCAGGCAUUUUUAGGGGAACUACUUUUAGGAUACCCCUGGUAUUCCUGAUUCUAAGAAUUCCUCCAGAUAUUCCAGCAAGAAUUCCUCAAGCUAUUCCUGCGGUUAUUCCAGUUAUUCUUCCUCCAGAAAUUCUAACUGUGGAACUUUAGAAAUUAUGCUACGGAUUCUUCUAGAGCUUUCUCCUGGCUUUUUUGCCGGGAUCUUUCCAGGCAAACUUCCUGGAAUUCUUGCAGAAAUUUCUUUGAUUGUUCUACCACAGAUUUCUCCAAGCACUCAUCCAGGAGUUCCUUCAGAGAUUUUAUCCAAAGAUUCCUCCAGAAAUUCCUGCAUAAACUCCUUUUGGCCUUCCUUCAAGGAUGCCUCAAACAAGUUUUCCUGCGGUUCUUCCUGCAAUUCCUCCAUUCUUACUAGAAUACGUCCAGAAAUUCUUCUAGUGAUUCCUAUACGAAUUUAUCCUAGCAUUGUGGCUGAAAUUCUUCCGGAAAAUCUUCCUGAGAUUCCUUUAGAAAUUCCUUCUGCGAUUCAAUCAGGGCCAUCGUUAUAAAUUCUUUCAAAAUACUUUUACCGGUUCUUGCAGGGACUUCUCUAGGUAUUCCAAGGAUUUUUUCUUUGGAUUCUCCCAGGCAUUUCCUGUGUAGUUUCCUCCAGCAAUUACUCUUAGGAUUCAUGCUGAGAUUUCUACAAUGAUACAUCCCAGAAUUCUGCAAAUAAUACCUCUUGAGAUUUUUCCUGUGAUUUCUUCAGAAGCUCUCCGGUGAUUCCUCCAGAAAUUUUUAACCAAGGAUUCUCUCAUAAAUUUCUCAUGCUCUUCCUCCAGGAAUUUCAGCUGGAUUUCUCAAGAUAUUCCUGCUGUGGUUCUUCCAGCAAUUCCUCCUAGGACUCCUCCUGAAAUACUUACUGAAAUACCUCACGGAAUUCUUCUGGGGAUUCUUCUAAGAAUUUCUCCAGGGAUUCCUCCAAAAACUUGCUGGGAUUAUUCAAGGCAAUCUUCAUAGGAGCAUUGCCUUCAGUGUUUCUUCCUGGAAAUCUUAAAGGUAUUUUUUCCUGGGAUUUCUCCAAAUAUUUAUCAUUGGAUUCCUCCAGGAACCCCUCUUGACUUUCAUCCAGGAACUCCUCCUGGGAUUCCAUAAGCGAUUCCUGCUGCCUUUAAUGUGUCAGCAAUGCCUCCUAGGUCUCCUCCAGAAAUUCUUAUUGUGAUACCUGCAGGAAUCCUUCUAGGGAUUUCUUCUGGUAUUCUUGCUAGGAUUCUUCUAGGCAAUUUUCCUUGGAUACCUUCAGAUAUGCCUUUGAUUCUCCCAGGGAUUUUUCUUAGGACUCAUCCAGGAGAUCCUCUAGAGUUUUUAUUCAUGUAUUGCUCUAGAAAUUAAUCAUGAUAUUAUUCCUGGAACUCCUCUUGGUCUUCUUCAAGGAAUUCCAGCUGAAGAAAUUCCAAUAUAAAUCUCUACAGAAUUCCCUAAACGAAUUUCGGGAAUAGUUGGAAUUUCCAGAGAAACUCCAGGAGGUAUUACUAGAAAAACCUCUAGUGAAAUCGUUUAGGGAUGUACGGGAAAAACUUAUAAUUAAUUAGAAGGCACAGAUUAUUAUGUUUCCAGUUCAAAACCGAAUUAGCGACAUUUUUUCUUUUACUUGCGCUGCUUUUGCCUUGCGUUAAACACAAUGUCGGAAGUGGGGCGCUGUAUUGUACACCUGGUAUUCUAUACAGCGCCCCACUUCCGACAUAGUGUAUAACGCAAGGCAAAAGCAGCGGAAGUAAAAGAAAAAAUGUCGCUAAUUCGGUUUUGAACUGGAAACACAAUAUAGCUAAUUGAUAAAUUGAGAGAUGGGUGGGAUUCGACUCCGUGUUCGCUAGGCCAUUUCUUUGUAAGUUCCUUCAGCAUCACACACGAGACGCGACAUGAGACAAGACAUAACACUUAUCGUUCUUACAAUCAUCAAGAAAAGAUUUCGGGCGUAAUCUAGCCCAUCUAAAGGACAAUGUCCAACUGACUGCAUUGAUUUUCGUACGUUGUUCGUACACGUCCAAAAACGAAGAGUUCAUCUCGGGACCCAUGCUUUACUUCCCUUCCGAAGGAAAAACUCACAUUGUUUUGUGAGUUUGUCGGGAGUGGGAUUCGAUCCCAGGUCCACGGCGUGAUAGUCAAGUGAUCUAACCAUCACACCAGGUCCACUCCACAACUUCGAAAGUUCUAAGGUAAUUUUGAUGGAAAUUUUUCCAGUAAUUUCUUUUGGAAUUUGUCGGGAAGUUUUCCGUGAAUUUCAUAGGAUUUUCUUCGAGCAAACCCAGUUUAGAAUUUCUGAUUUUUCAAUUCAGCAAUUUUCGGAAGCAAUAGAUAGAACUAGUAUUAAAUCAUAAAGAAUUGCAAAAGUAAUCACGAUGAAAUUGCCUGAGAAAUUUGCAAAACAACUGGAAAAAAUUGCUAAAAUAAUUUCAGAAGAAUAGCUAUUGAAAUUAUAAAAAAAACUAAAGGAAUUAAAUAAAUUAAAUUCCAAUGAAACUACCACAGAAAUUAAAAAAAGGGCUAAACAUCUCGUUAAUACAGAUAAAAAAAUCUUUCAAAGUAGUUGCAAAGGAAUUCAUUACCGGUGGAAUUCCUAAAGUAAACAUCAAGGCUUUUUUUUUUAAUUGGCUAAAUGCAAUCUCAAAAUAAAUUGCCGAAAUAAAUAUAUUCUUUAAAAAUUUUUACAAACAUUCACAAAAAAAAUCGUAGAAAUUCUCAAAGAAUUUUCCGAAAUCAUCAAAGGAGUUUGUUCGGAGCUGGUUCUCCGGACUUGUGGGGACACUCGCGACGAAGUAGUGGUCUUCGGAUGUGG